AUGUUUCCUGAUCAAAUUUUGUCCCUACAAUUGCAUCCUGAUCCAACGGAUGGGUGCAUCCCACUUCUUCCGCCGGAGGGAUUUGCAGCUUCUCACCGGGUUUCAGUUGCUCCACCGGCGACUAUCACCACCUCAGCUCGCCACAGUCUCCGACGAACUUCUCCACCGGUGAAGAACCACCACAUCAAUGCCACUGUUGCCGCCUAUCUCCGUCGAUGUCAACUGUCUCCGACGACAUCCACCGUCUCCGACGAACUUCUCCACUGGCUCCACUGUUUUCAGCUCUACAACCACAGCUGCGUUCAAUUUUUGUGUAUAUGUGAUGUGGAUGUUAAUGUUUUUCUACAAAACCCGACGUUUGUGACGGUAAUUGAAGAUAUUAUGCGCUCAUUUAGCAAGCAAGUCGACAAUGCGACCAACAACAACGAUGAAAACGAUGAUGGGAAAGACGAUUAA